CUGGCCCCGCGGAUUUGCCCAACUUGACUGGAGGGAAACCCAGGAGCGCGGAUUGCAUAAUUCAUUCGAGUUCUCGCCCGCCCACUCACAUUAAUUACCAUGGAUCAACCAGUGAAGCACGCCAAGGUCAUCAAAGUGUUGGGCCGCACCGGUAACACCGGUAACGUCACCCAAGUGCGCGUGGAAUUCUUCGACGACUUCGGCGGCAAGGAAGCGCGUUCGUUGAUCCGUAACGUCAAGGGCCCCGUGCGUGAAGGCGACAUCUUGUCCUUGUUGGAAUGGGAACGCGAAGCUCGUCGUUUGAGAUAAGUGUCGGGCGGCAGCAGGUAGCCACGAGCGCGUCGUCAAGUCUUCUGCUGCGUACACUACUGCUCCAACGGGAUGUGCUGUGGAUUGUUCUCAACGGAUGAAUGCGUGCGUCCCAAGGAUCGUGGUGGUAGUAGUUGAAGAUAUGGCCAUGCCUUGUAGCCAGUCUUGAACACCUCCUUUGUACGGUUAUUUUCCAAUGAGAAUAUGUAAAUGAUGGGCA